AUGGCGCCGGAGGUGGCGUUCGCGAUCGGCCUGAUCCUCGUCGUCGGACAGCUGAAGGAAGAGCCGAGCACCAUCGCGAAGACCUUCACCUUCCCAGAGUAUCCAUACAAGGAGACUACCAAGAAUGAGCUUCUCUUCAGGCAAUUCGAGCAAGCUUGCGAGGACAGCGGCGCUUGCAAGAUGCUGCCGCCAGAAAGGAGCGACAUUGCCAAAACCAGAUGCAUUCGAGAAUGCGUGUCACCGUCCUGUUACAAAGAAAUCUACUUGUUCGAUCAGCUAGAAGAAGGUGAGAUCGACGUGAGAUUAAACUCUUUCAAGGGGUGCUUCAUGCAGCGCAAUGGACGACCGCGUAAAUAACAAAAAGCUGCCAAUGAAGAAAGAAGCUGAAACAAGGGCCGUGCGCGGCCGCAGCGACUGCAAAAAGGCGGCGAAUACGAAUACUAAGCGACAGACGCACCGCACGAACCGCGUCCGACCAGUUCCCAAAAUGAAUAAUAAUAAUAAUAUUAAUAAAGAUAUGACAAUUUUUAAGAAACACUAUCCGGCCGGGGCAUUUAGAGCGCGGAGAGCAAUCAGCUAUUUAGCAGACACGACAACAUACAGAUACAGAAACACUAUAUUUCAGGAUCACGCUGA